GCGGCGCGGGGCUCUCUCCUCUGGUUCUGCGCUGAGACCCCGCUGCUGCCGCCGCCGCCACGGCUGCCGCCACCGCCACAGCUGCCGCCGCCGCUGUCGCGGUCGUCCCUGCCCUUCCUGGCUUCGGGGUGCUCCCCGCACGCCACAGGCCCAUUGGUGACCCUGACCCCUGCCCUCCCCACUCCCCAUGCAUCAGGCUUCUGCUGGUGUCCCUGGAGCAUGGGAAGCUGCUGAGCUUGACCAGUGGUGUCUGGCAGGAGCUGCGUGUCUCACCCUGUGGCAGGGAGGGCAUCCAUGGCUGCAGCCAACAAAGCCCUCUCCCACUCUCUUCGUAGGCAAUAAGCCCAGAGUCCGGAGUAUCCGCUUUGCGACAGGCCAUGAUGCAGAAGGCUCCCAGAGCCAUGUCCACUUUGAUGAGAAGCUGCAUGACUCUGUGGUCAUGGUCACCCAAGAGAGCGACAGCAGCUUUCUGGUCAAGGUUGGCUUCCUGAAGAUCCUGCACAGGUAUGAGAUUACCUUCACUCUGCCCCCAGUGCGCAGGCUGAGCAAGGAGGUCCGAGAGGCACCUGUCCCCAGCCUGUACCUCAAGCUCCUCAGCGUCAUGCCCAUCCCAGAAGGUUACAGCAUCAAGUGUGAGUACUCAGCACACAAGGAGGGCGUUCUCAAGGAGGAGAUGCUGCUAGCCUGCGAAGGUGGCACCGGCACCUGCGUGCGCGUGAUGGUGCAGGCGCGCGUCAUGGACCGACACCACGGCACACCCAUGCUGCUAGAUGGUGUCAAGUGCGUGGGUGCUGAGCUAGAAUACGACUCAGAGCACAGUGACUGGCACGGCUUCGACUGAGGCCCUCGCCCCCACCUGCCUCGGGGCCUCUCAGCCUUAAACCCCACCUCGUCUCCUCAAAUGCUGCGUGAUGGUGUGGCUUCCUCACCCUUCCCAGGGAUGGGCAUGGAGGUGGAGGGUCCAAGGGCCUCCAAGCUGGAGCCUCGCCCACACCUCUCACCUCAUUUGUGCCACCUCCCUGCCUCUCCAGCAUCCUCCUCUCCCACUUCCUCCUCUCUGUGUGCCUCAGUCUCCUGCUGGAAGAAAUGGGCUGAGCCCCCAAGGAGGCUCUCUGAGGAGGGAUGGAGAGGGCCUGGGGUGGGUUCUACCCACCCCCCUACCCCAAGCCAUAGGGGCUGUAGCCAGGGCCUAGGAGAGGAGGGAGCUGGCUCUGUGGUGUAGCUGCCCCCAUUACUGCUGCUGUCGUCUUGCUUAGCCACCUCUCCUGUCCCCUCUCUCUUUCCCACUGCCGUCCAUGGUGAGGAGGAGGGAGGUGCAGUUCCCAAUCCCUACCCCCCAGGUCUGUGUUACUUGGUUUUUAAACAACUGGUUGGGAUAAAACCCUAAAGAAAUAAAACUUCCAGUGGA